GGAAAAUUAAGUUUCGGUUUCCAAUCAUCAGAAAUGAGAGUGAGCUUUUUCCUCCUACCUUAAUCACAACGACAAAAAGGGUUCGUUUUUUUCCGUCACUUUAGCAGCGAUGGAGACCGAAAUACUCAAGUUCAUCUGCGCCAACCAGGGAGCAGUAAACACCGAGGAGCUUCUUUAUAACGUGGGCUACGAUAGCACGUCUGACAUUAUUUCGAACAAAGACAAGUUUGUUUUGUGUUGUCGGGGUGGACAGCCUAAGGUGGUGGCCAGGACCAGCCUGAGAGUGUGCCGAGAGAAGAACUGUGUGAAGGUCUGCCGGGACCUCCACCUGUGUAAGAACCUCCUCUUCAGUGGGUUUUGCACCUACACCCGAAACAGCGGGAGACCAUGCAUCUUCUGCCACGACCUGCACCUCCAGCGGAAUGAGGAGAUACUGAGGGAGCACGGUCUGGAGACUCUGAGCAGGACGGAGCUGUGCACGCUGCUGCUGCAGUGUGACCACACGCUGCUGCCUUCUAUUUGUCAUGAUUACAACAACGGUGACGGGGAAUUCGGUCGUUGUAAGGAUGGAGAUGAGUGCAAAAGGCUGCACGUCUGCGAGCGUUACCUCUCGGGCGACUGCUGUUGCUCCAGGACCCACGAUUUCAAAGCUCCACAGCCACAGAGGCGCCUGCAGAUGUUCAGCAUUCCGGAAACCCUCAUUGGCUCUUUGAAGGUGGUUUAUGUGAAUAAAGAUGCCAUACGGCUCUCUGAGAGGACGGGCGAUGGCCGCGGCAGGAGCAGCCACCAACACCCGCAGCCCCUCAUGGCUCUGAGCAACUUAGGUGCGAGCAUGGAAAGUGACCUGAAUUUCAAACAAAGGGAGUGGUCCAGAGGGAGGCCUAAUAAUAGGGGCGGUAGGGGCGGCAGGGGCAACAGAGGCAACAGAGGCAACAGGGGCAACAGAGGCCAUAGGGGCAACAGAGGAGGCGGAAGAGAACGAAGCAACAUGGUGAGGACACUUUCCACCAGCGAUAUCCUUAGUUCUGUUGAUGGCUUGGAUCUCUACACUGAAGACGGCCUGGGUGAUGACAACAGUCAGCUGGAAGAACCAAACUCCAGCAGCGACGUGGCCUCUGCUGCUGCUGCUGCUGGUGCUACCAAUGACGAUUCAGGCAGCAACACUGACCAUGGAAAAUCACAAAACAAUCCGAAUGAAGCCUCAGCAGCCACCAGGGGGGGAAGCAGGGAAGAGAAAAAACCAAGCCAUGAUGGCAGACCAAGACCGAGACCUGUUAGAGAGAAAACGGAGAUAUGUAUGUUUUUCAUCAAAGGCCACUGUAAACAUGACGACGACAAAUGCUUCAAAGUUCAUGACAAGAUGCCGUACCGUUGGGAGGUCAGUGAAGGGGACCAGUGGAAGGCCUUGCCUGAUAACGAAGGCAUCGAGAAGGACUACUGUGACCCCCAAAAGACGAGCAGCAGCAGCAGCAGCAACAGUCAACCUGUGCAUUUCUACACUAUGACCUGCGGUCAGAACAAAGUGCGACGCCUUUCCACCUGUAACGCCGUGAUCGAACCCACCUACAUGUACACCACGGAGUGGCUCUGGUACUGGGAGGACGAGAAGUCCCAGUGGAACCUGUACGCUUCUGGUGGGAAUGGAUCCGCCAACAUGGACAGCCUCGAGCUGGAGCGCAAAUAUCUGAUCAACGACAAAGACGUCGUAGAAUUCUCCGCGGGCUCGCAGUCGUACUCGCUCAGUUUCCAGGACAUGAUCCAAACAAACAAGCACUACGGCACCAAGAGGCUGGUGAGGAGACGUCCACUGUUCGUCUCUGUGGAGGACGUUCUGACCCGGAGAGUGAGGAAGCCCCAGGGGAAUCUGAAUUUCUGCCCCAUACCAAAUCAAUGGGAUAAGGCAGAGAUUCCUGCAACAGGAUUCAAGCGGGUCACCCUGCAGUACCCUUCUGAUGAAUUUGAGGAGAUCGAGACUCUGUUCUGUAAAACCAUGAGAGGCUUCGACAUCAUCAGCAUCCAGAGGAUUCAGAACAAAACGCUCUGGGAAGCGUUUCACUUGCAGAAGAUCCAGAUGAAGGUCAAGAACGGUGGACGUUAUGUGUCGGAGAAAAUGCUUUUCCACGGCACUUACUCCCAACACAUAGACUCCAUUUGUCACGGCAACUUUGACUGGAGACUGUGCGGAACUCACGGGACCGUUUACGGAAAAGGUAGCUACUUCGCCCGUGACGCCAAGUACUCCCACAGGUUCACCUCCGAGUCUGACACGGUCCGAACCAUGUUUGUGGCUCGGGUGCUGGUGGGAGAAUACACCAAAGGUUCCUCAGACCUCCUGCGACCUCCUCCCAAGGACGGCGGGGACAUAAACCUCUACGACAGCUGUGUGGAUGACCCCAAAAACCCGACCAUAUUUGUUGUGUUUGACAGGCCCCAAGUGUACCCAGAAUACCUGCUGCAGUACAGGGAGUCAGGGAGCCCGUCUUAUAGCGGCGGUGCAACAUUGACAGCUGGUGUAACCCAACCUACCGUGACCACUUCAAGUCAAUCACCGUAUUACCGUUUAGCUAACCCCGGCAAAACCACAUACCAACCUAGCACAACAGCUGCAUCCGCAACUGCUCUGUACCACCUCAGUCAGUCCCAGUCCAGUUUUGCGUCCUCUCAACCCGUACCUGCGCGUCAAAGUUCCAGGUCCAGCGUUGUCCAAAAUCAGCACAGCCAAUCAGCUCCACUCUAUAGACCGUCUACCUCAGACCGCUCACUCAAGAAGAGCAACGACUCCUGCGUCAUUGCUUAGGAGACGAGGUGGCGUCGCAGGUUGAGGAGAUUAAUAGACCUUGAAUCCUAAGUUAGAUGUGCUAACGUGAACUGGGGUUUUGCACUAAAUACUUGCUUUCUGCGUGUGGUAAAAAAAUUGAUGAUUAUUUUCUGUGAAAAAUUGUUGGCGUGGAGGAUAGUGAGGGAAAUAAAGUCCGUUUGAGACACUUAAAUCAGAUGCAUAUUGAAAUUAUCUGAAUGAGUUGGUCUCGUAAAAUAGGUUUUUAGGCUGACAUGUUAAUCACAAAUGGACUUUGUCGGGUUGCCAUGGUUAAGGAAUCGGUUUAACCCAUUCACCACCUCUCAACGGCGACCACGAACAGCAACCAAAAACGUAGCUGCUCUUUUAGCCUAGCGCUAAAUCAACAUAAGCCAUAUUACAUGAACACUCGAGGACGAGAGGUGGGUUGUUAUCAGUGACCGUCAGACUUCUGUUCCGUCUACAUAUUGACGUAAAACUGACGAAGUAAAAAAAUGUCACUACAGACCGUUUGUUCGUUCGUUUUUAAGGCAAACAAUUUAAACGUUUGUAAACGAAAUGGAAAAACUCCGAGGAUUGCUAGUUUACAUCCAAGCUCUUUUUUUUUUUGUGACUCCUUUUAAUCACAGGUGUGUUUCAUAAUAGUUAUUUUAUGAAAGUUAUUUCUCUAACUAGAUCACACAGAAUACUAGAAAAAAAUAUAAUAAUAAUAAUAAUUUUAUCCGGUUAUGCGAACUUAAGUUUGAGCUGUUUGUUAAAAAUCUGCACUUGCUGCCAGGUGUGAUUUUACUGAGAGGAUGUGUCAGUGUCAGUGUGGGAUAAAGGAAUAUUCCGUAAAAUAAAUGACCUUUGUGUUUGAUUAACGUGUACUCGUUGUAUUACACUCAGGUUAUCAUCUGCAUAAAUACGAACAAUUGGCAGGUGGAAAAAGGUUACAUCGUGUGAAAUACUUUUCCUUAACCACUGUAUUUUUCUGCACUGACUAGAUGAUUAUUUCAUUUGCAAAACCAAAAUAUACACUUUGUUCUUAAAUAACACAUUGUUUCUGAAAUGAUGAUAAUUGGUGCUUGACCAGUAGAGGGAGACACCAUUGGUUUUUUUUCUAUUUGAUUCAAAAGCAAAUCUCAAGAAGGAAAUAUUUUUUAAUGAGACAAUCUUUGAAUCAAACAAAUAUCCUCCAGUUUUUGCAGUGUUUUCUGAUCAUUUAUUACCAGCUCUGUAUCUGGUAAUAUAUAUAUGUCAGAUCAAAAUGUUUGAUCUGACAUUUUACUGUUGCGCUCCUGCUUUGGUGACUUGACAAUAAACACGAUUCUAUAUGUUA